GCAGCGGGGCCACUGCGGCAGCAGCUUUGCUGGCAGGCGCCUCUUCGUGCCCACCGCGGUUCACCGGCCAGCGGCAGCGGCGCCGCGGGCCGAGCUGGCGGCCGACGCGGCGCAGCGCAGCCGCCAAGCCAAGAUGGCCCCGGCGAGCAGAUGGAGCUCUGCAGGUGCCGACCACUUCUGCCGUGGGCGCGCCCGGCCCUUCCAGGCCGGCCCCACCGCGGCCCGCGGGGCCCGCUGCAGAGGUGGUCUCACACGCCCUUGCCCCAAUGGGUCGUCGCAUUUUCUGGAGUCGCCAUCGUACGUGGCAGUGGUGCUGGAGGACAUCGCGGGCCGCAGCUUGCACUCGGUGGUGCGCUCCACCUGUGCGGGCCGCCUUGGCGAGCUGGGCGCCAUGCGCCUGUUCGUUCAAGCGGUAGCCGCCUUGGCCUACCUGCACGGAAGACGUUUUGUCCACCGCGACCUGAAGCCCACCAACUGCCUCGUUUCGAAGGAGGACUUCCUGAAGCUAAUCGACUUCAACGUCGCUUCCAGCACCGAGACGGGCGAGCUCCUGACCCCAACGGGGACGAAGGAGUUCCGUGCCCCAGAGGCCCUGCACGGGCCGUACACGCCGCUGGCGGACAUCUGGUCCCUUGGCCUGUGCCUGCGCUUCAUGCUGCACGGCGGAAAGGCCCCGCGUAGCUCCGACGACGGGCCGACAGCGACCUCCGAGGAGCUCCUCGCGGGCGCAUCCAGCUGGCUCGCCGGUCGCUGA